AUGCAGGACAAGCUGAGCUGUGUUGCCUCAGCUUCAGGAGGUGUACACAGGACCGCAGUCGGUCCACGCCAGGCGGACCCCUCCGAGGACGACGACGAGCCACACCACGACACCACCGGAGGACGACCACUACCUCCUGACCCACCACGACACUCUUCCUUCGAGCCGCGACAGCAGCGGAAGAGGCGCUUCAGAGAGCCGCAGACAGCGAGACCAUCAGGCGCAGGAGCUGACGCAGACUUGCCAUUCAGGCGAUGCAGCUCUACUUCGAGGCCGACAGCGCCGACAGACCACACACCGCCGACGAGAGCUCCGCCGGACCAGUAA